AUGCCAUUACUAGUAACAGCAUAUGUCAAAAUUAGCCCCCUCCUGCUAGAUCAUCGAUGGUUUGGCUACCAUGGAGAUAGCACUUCUGAUAAUCCUGAUGGCAGUGGAAAGUGUGUGCUCCUUAGCGGUUUGAUCAAUGCUACGCAUUUGGAGUUGGAAGCUGCAGAUGGAGUGCAUAUUUUCAAGCUAGACUUGGCAUGCUGCCCUAUAUUCAACAAGUUAAAGACCUUGCUAGUCAAUGAGUGGGUUGUUGGUCGUGACUUUUGUGCACUACUUUGCUUUCUUCAACACACACCAGUUUUAGAGAAGCUCAUUAUUCUACUGCACGAGAUCAAAAGCCUAUGA